AUGCCCGUUAACAAACAGCUUGGUUAUGGGCAAAAACUGAUUGUGAUAGUAAACGAGGAUGGAAGCUGCGUCAAGCUAGCGAUGGCAUCUCCAACGCCAUACAGCGAGCCCUUGAAACCAGCUUCCUAUUUGCACUUACCAAGCAUCAAGCAACUUGUCAGCAAAGGGAAGGUGGUUCCGCUUGAACCCGAAAAUCUGAAUAUCAAUGCGUUGCAGCCAAAUAGUGACGGUCUCAAAGACAUCAGCUCUGUUGAGAAAGGCACCCAUUCUGAUGUUCCUCCCACAACGGAAGAGGCAAAGGUUCCAGUGCACGUCUCCACAAGCAAGGAGGAACAUGCAGAUGCAACGCCCGCGAAGCAGCCAGAAUCAGUGCCCGAGAAAGAGGCCCUCAUUUCGAAAGCUGCACAGUUGCACGAGGGAGUAUUGCAGCAAACGUCUGAAAGUGGCGCAGAAGAACGUUCUCAUGAUGCGGGGGUUGACGAGCUGCUAGCGAGUGGCAGCAAUAGUGGCGGACGAAAGGUGGUUGUUGCGGAGAAGGUGGGCGGUCCUGCGGAGGCCUCGGAGGACUCGAAACAGAUAGUCUCAGUUCCAAGGAUCUCGCCUGAGGAAUGGCUGCACCUGUUUCAGACCACUGGCCUGUGCCAGGCGUACGACCUCGAAUCGGACCGCCCGACACCGGCGGGGACGCCCCUCUUCGUGGUGCAAAGGAGCCUUCCCGAUUCACAGCGGCGCAAUCCCUUUGCCUCCUCAAAUCGACCAGCGACAAGGGGCGGUGAUGUCAGUCGAGGCGCCGGCAGUCCGGAUCAUAUUUCUGGGCACCACAUGCUUCCGGACAAGCCGGCGUUCAUUGUGGACGAUCAGACACGGACGGUGGUUGAGGAGACUUACACGGAGCGUCACAAGUACCUUGUGGAGAUGGGUUUCUCGGCCGCAGACAUUUCCGGCAGCGUACCUUACGUCAAUGCUUCCAUCAAGGCUGAGAAGAAGGAGAGACAGGCAGCCGAGCAAGCCGUGAAGCGCGUAUUUGUGACGACCAGGGAGGAAUUUCCGCGGUGCCGGAUAGACAUUGGGGCGAGCCUGCACAGCGAGUACCUCGUCAUCAACAAGAGCUUUAUCGACGAGGUUCAGCAGGUUACGUGCAAGGACAUCAAUCAGUACGAGAGGCGGAGACAGAAGGUACUCCGGUUGAGGCAGGCCAUCUUUGACCUGUGGGACGAAAAGCCGUUGAGCAAACUCCGGCGGAAGUACAGCGACCUUGUAUCACUUUAUAGCUUGAACGCGGGGGGCACAAUCGCAACUGACGAAGAAUCAAGAACAGCCAAUAUAAACAUAGAAGAAGCCAAGAGGCUCAAGGAGUUGUUGUUGCAAAGUCGAAGGGAGUCGGUGGAAGAAGAGCUGACUUUGAAUCGACCAGAGGUGAAAGUGGACGAGGCAGAGCAAGAGGAACUGCAACGGCUUUGGGAUGCUCUUAGUAUGGAAGAGAAACUUGGAAGGAUUAGAAAGGAUCAACAGAAGCGUGAGCAGAGAGAGCUGGCGCUAGUUGAGAAGAAGAGACGGCUGUCCGCAGAGAUGAGUGUAGAAGACAAGCUAACGAGGGCAAGAGAAGAGAAAAAGAUGAAGGAAGCAAGAGCUCAGGAGCAGCGUAGGAUAGAGGAGAAACUAAGGCACGCUGAAGAAGAGAGGAAGCAUCAGUGGGAAGGCUUGUCUCUCCAGGAGAAGCUAGCAAAGGGGAAAGACGGUGGCGAGAAAGCGGUGGCUCAGAAUAAUCGAACGGAUUCUGAGGAUGAGGAAGGCUUGCCAGCGCUGAAAGCAUUUGCAAAAGUCAUUGAGACAGCAUUGAAGAGGGAGACCGCAACCCUGGGCCCGGAAAGAGAGAGGAUCGUGACGAGCAUGCAGGAUAUCAUCAAGCGGUAUGGGGCGGUCUGGAUCGAAAGCAUCACCUUGGGGGCUCAGCACAUGAGUACAAGCGAGAGGAAGGAAACCUGGGACUCACGGGAAAAGGAGACGGCGACGAAAGUGACGGCAGGGCUGGCUGCGGCGCAUGCUGGUGCCAAGGUCGGGGCACAAGCAACGCAGGAGAGUUCGAAGAAGGAGUCUUCAGAAGACAAGGAGAUGAGCAACACGCACUCCUCAAACGCCACAGGGGGCGACACGAUCGCGUUUCAUGAGAACGCGGACGGCAAGAAGCAUGGCUGGCUGGAGUCGAUUCGGACUGCCGCUAACUGGCGGAUCAUCAGUUACCGGAGCCUCCGGUUACUGAGUGAACUGCCGGGACUGGACUUUCCAACUGAGGAGACGGGGUAUGACGGGGAGACGGUCGUGACAUUCAGGAGGCUCUUGAAGGAAAGGCUGCAGGCGGUAGCCAACGACGUACGAGACAGUGAAGCAAAGAAGGACCCCCCUCGGCGGUCGCUCCACAGCGUGCUGAAGCUAGGCAUCGUCGGCUACUGGUACGGCUUCGACUGCAGCGACCAAGGAGGGGGGUCCAGCUCAGGACCGAGUAUUCUGCAGGUCAAGAUCAACAAGCGGCUCGACUUCACCGUCUCCUUCAAGGGAAAAGGGGUCGCCAAAGGGUUUCGCUUCCACGGCAUGGGAGAGGACAAAGUGGACGGGGACUUCUGCGGGAACGGGGCGUUUUUCCUGGAGGGCUACGUCAUCGAGGUAGACGGUGCCCAGCUGUCAAAGAGUCCGUACCGGCCGCUCGGCCUGGUAAAGAUGGUCAAGCGUGACAUCACAACCGGGGUGGCUUUCAACUACUUCGGCCACGUGGACUGGACCGGGAUGCACGGGGUCUGGAGGGCUUGCGAGCGGAAGGCUGGAACGGAAGGGGAGCCGCAGAGCGGAUCCUGGAGCCUCGCGCCGGUGAAGUUUCUUCCCUGGGACACUGUAGAUGAACCCUGGACGUUCCGCGAGCGCGAGGCGCACAUCAACGAGCCCCGCCGCCGGUGGCUGCUUCCCUCCGACGAGACUCUAGCCAAGCUUGAGAAAACCAGCGCCUCGGUGCACUCCUCGAAGCGCCUCGACCCGACGCUUGCGGAGGGUUUGUGGCAGGGCUACUAUCUGCGCGCGCACCCAACGGACGUGGACCUCCAGCACUUUCUGUUCAAGGUCGGGAAGUACUCCAUAUCCGACGUCUUCAAGCGCCUGGGGAAGGAUGGGCCGUCCCCGAAAGAGGGGGGUCCGGGGCCGUACCAGGCGCACCCCCUGGAAUGGAAGCGGGUGCAAGCGCCGGCAUUCUUGGAGCUGGAAAUUAAGACGUGCGCGCUAGUGGGGGGCCAAUUUGGCUGGCAGCGAUUUGAGGUGGGGGGGUGGGCGCGGGAAGGGGAGAAGCGGUAUACGGUGCAAGGCUUCAUCCAACAGGUGCCGUCCCGACACUCGAAGCGCAACCUUCACGACUACCCGUACUUGGGGAAGGUCGGCUUGACGCUCACCCGGUCGGGCCUACCGGGCACUUCCGUCGUGCGAAAGUACUACGAAGGGCACCUCGACCACCUAGGGAUGCACGGGUCCGUCUCAAAAACUCCCCCCGGUAGCGACCGGGGCAAAGUGGAAGCCACGUUUGCGUUGAUGCCGGUCAGCCUAGAGGUGAAGGCCAAGAAAAAGCUGGCCUUCUUAUGCUUCGGUCGGUGA